CCCAUGCGGACAUUCAUUAGGCGGAUCUUAUCCGGACAUUCAUUAGGCGGAUCCCAUCCGGACAUUCAUUAGGCGGAUCCCAUCCGGACAUUCAUUAGGCGUUUCUUGAGCCUAGAGUGUCAGAAUGUAAUUAGUACAACAAGCUGUUAAAAGAAACAAAAUCCUUCAAGUUUAUAGAAACACAUUUUAUUUACACAAAAUAUAAAUAAACGGAAGAUAUCGAAUCCCCGCUGUGGCACCUAUACAGGUAAAGCGGCUAGCGGUGUUAAAAUAUUCUCACACAUGCAGUAAACUGCAAGGCUGUUAACUUUACCUGGCUGUUGGAUUAAGGUGUCCCACACACUAUACCUGGAUUAAGGUGUGUCCCACAUACUCUACCUGGAUUAAGGUGUGUCCCACAUACUCUACCUGGAUUAAGGUGUGUCCCACAUACUCUACCUGGAUUAAGGUGUGUCCCACAUACUCUACCUGGAUUAAGGUGUGUCCCACAUACUCUACCUGGAUUAAGGUGUGUCCCACAUACUCUACCUGGAUUAAGGUGUGUCCCACAUACUCUACCUGGAUUAAGGUGUGUCCCACAUACUCUACCUGGAUUAAGGUGUGUCCCACAUACUCUACCUGGAUUAAGGUGUCUCACAAUAUACCUGGCUGUUGGAUUAAGGUGUCUCACACACUCUACCUGGAUUAAGGUGUCCCACGCAAUCUAGCUGGAUUAAGGUGUGACACACUCUCUACCUGGAUUAAGGUGUGACACACUCUCUACCUGGAUUAAGGUGUCCAAUACACUCUACUUGGAUUAAGGUGUCCCACACAUUCUACCUGAAUGUUGGAUUAAGGUGUUCAAUUCAUGAUACAUAAGAUUAAAAACCCGAGUGUUUAAUUCACUAUACACGGAUAUUGGAUACUUAAUACAACAUAUUGGGCAUUACAGAAAGAUAUUCAACGGUGAAAUUCGGAUUAAAAUGUUUGUUUUGUUUCAACAUUGUCUAUAAGAAGCUGGCUGAUUCUAACUCCAACAUCAAAAAAGAUAUAUUAAAAGAGCUUAAUUGGAUAAAUUAAAAACAAAACGAAGCCUAUUUCAGUUGAACGGAUUAUUUCCCCAAACGUUUUGUGCAACUCUAUUUGGAUUAAACGAUCUCAGUCUUAAUGGAAGCAUCGUAGACACACAAAAUAAGAUGCCAUCUUGUCUAACCAUAAACUUGAGUACCUCAACGGUUGUCAUAUGACAACCCUUACCCCCGCCCAUAUGUCACAUCCCAUGCCAGCGCACAUGUCAUCUCAUGCAAACGCUGGAAGAUUUCUCAGCCAUUAAGAGCUGCCCCGAACUCAGCCUCUACCUCAACUCGCUCGCGGCCCUCGCCCACAGCGGCUCGACCUUCAGCCUCCACCGCCCCCACUCCUACCCGCUCCUCCACGACUCGUUUGCUGACGUCAGCUGCAAUGAAAUUUGGAUUCAAGCGAUGACGACACAACCGGAUGACGCCAUCGAGAUCUUGUCGUGUCACGUGGAGCCCGAUGACGAUGACGACAGCGGCCCGUGCAAGUCAUCACUGGUGCCUUUCAAACUAGCCAAUGGGGAUUCACUGAGCGAUGACCGCACGGUCAGCCAACGGAAGCGUGUAGUCCGGGCUGUGGGUGCGGUCACGUUUCUUCUACUGCUGUUUAGUAUCAUCCUCAUUGGGGUUUCCCUCAACAUGAGCAAGAACAUCGAUGAAAUGGUUCGCCAGUCAGCCAUGGCACAACGUCACCCACAGAACAGCUACGUCACACGGAAGGACAACCUCACACGGGCUGAUGACGCGUGACCUUGACCGACUCUAGCCGCUCCUCCACAUCCCUCCGGCACUGACCUUGACCUCCCGGAACUCACAGACAACCCGGCACGUGGUCAGGCACUCACCAAACAACGAACAACUGACCAAGAACGUGCAAAAAAAAUGUCAUCAUAACAUUAGAGUUUUGUUUUAGAGAUUUAAAUUUUAUUUUAAAUAAUCCUGUUCUUGCCAUGUAUUAUUUGUUGCAUAAAACGUCAGCCAUACUAAUCCAUCUUUUUACAUUGUUUAAAAAAUAUCUUUAUUUUGCAAUAAUUAUUACUUUAAUUGCAUUAUUUAUUUCAACUUUGAUAUGUCAUGCAAUAUAAAAUCAAAUAACCUUCUCCUAUGUAAGAUUCAUUGAGAGCGUGCAAACAGUAGAUUUACAGUUAGUAGCAGUAGCGACCCUUACAUAAGAUAUUACUGAUCAGCUGCAAAGAAGAGUAAUGGUGGUGGUUUUAGGUAUGUUUAUAAGGCGAAUAGCUGUAUAAAAGUUUGAAUUAAGAAGUAAAUUUAAAAAGGUGUGAAAACCAACAUAUAGAGUCUUCUGGCUCCUAAACUUAAACUAAAUUUUUAUUCUAUUUUUAUAUUCUUAAAUUCUUAUUUCAACUAGCGAUAUAGCGUUAACAGUUUUGGAGAAGGGCCGUGGAAGGGGAAGCAAGGGAUGUGGGGUUUUCGUGGGCUGAACUAAAGAGAGCCGCCCAAAACAGGGUCCGUAGAGAGGGGUAGCAGCCCUCUAAUUCCCAGGUGCCACACAGUAUUAACUUGACAAUAUACCCCCCUCCCCCCGUACACACACAAUCACAGAUACACAUUCACUACAUAUUGGAAGUAUAUUUAGUCAAGACUCCCUGUUAACGUCAGAGUAUUUGAUAAUGCUACAUGAAAAGGGGUGCUGUUAAAUUACAGGUACUGAACUACAAACUAAUAUCGCUACUGAAGACAUUAGCCAUUCCCAUAGCCUAAAAACUAACCAAAGUUCUAACACAAACUCAAGUUUAGCCUUAACACUAAACCCAAUAUUACAAUACUACUAACACAUCAAUUUUCAGAAGAGUCCAUUGUCGUACACUGACACCCCUGUGAGCAUGGUAUCGCCCAGCCAGCAACGCAGGACUAUUUAAUCAGUGCGCAUGUGUGAUAAUUUAACCAUAUAUUUUUAGCAACAUAAGUUGUUUAUGUGAUCCAUUUAUAUGUGAAUUUAUGAUUCUUAACACUGUUAGGAUCGCUACCAUGUAUAUCCAUAUCAAUGUACAUAUAACAAAUGUUUUAUAACAUAGCUGGUACAUAGCUGGCGUGGCAAUACUUAUCUAUGUAAUUGGCAAUUAACUUACAUAAUUGAUUGCUUAUAACAUUUACAACCAGAUUUAUGUGCGAGUGUGGUUGCUUUUAAUGCAUGAGUGUGGUUUCAAAUGUUUACAAGUAGGCGUCUAGAUGUAUAUAGAAUUGUUUAAAUUUUAAUGUACAAUAUGUGUACAUAUUAUUAUGUAGAUGUUUCAAGGAAAGUUGUUUCGUUAAAAUAUCUUGUACUAUUUUGAAAUAUUUUUUUUUCUUUUUUGAAACUAUUAACAUGUUAAAAUACAGUUUAUUGUUUCACUUGAAGUGUCAUUAAAAUAGUUGAAGUCAAUUCAAAAUGAUGUGAACGUUAUCCAGAUAAGUAGAGUAAAAUGUAACAUAUAAAAGUACUGAAGUAAGAACAAGACAGAUGACGCGAAAGAUUGAUUAGAAAGUAAUGAAUUCUUCAUAUUUUAGUACAUGAUGAGUUGGUCAAACGUUACUGUAUUUAGACAGUUAUACAAGCAGACAACUGGUAUGAUAAAUAGACUGUUGGCACAAUUAAUAAGCUGUUGGCACAACUAAUAGGCUGUUGACACAACUAUUAGACAAUUAAACUGUUGGCACGACUGUUAACACAACUGUUAGGCUGUUGGCACAACUACUAGACUAUUAACACGACUAUUAGGCUGUUGGCGCGACUAAUAAGCUGUUGGCAUGAAAAAUAUACUGCUAAAACGUUUAUGAGGGAGUUAGCACGACUAUAUGUUGUUUUUCAAGACUAUCAAACUGUUGGCACGACUAAUAGGCUGUUAACACAACCAUAAAGCUAUUGACACGACUAACAG